AUGAAGCGAAGUUUGCAGCCUCAACGAUUACCACCUCUCAACGUAGCAGCACGCAUGGAGCCAGAGAACACACACAAGCACACUGAAGCAGACAUGGCAAAUCACUUUCAAGCAGCUGGUUCUACCCAGCAAUCUGCCACACCGUCAAAAUCCACAGCUCAAUUCAUUGAGGCUGCUCAGACUAUUCUCUUCACUGCUUGCUCGUUGCAACGCACUGUAGGUCGCUGUAUCGGUCGCAUAGGAAACGAAAGCUUACAUGCUGCAUUCGCUCCCCUCCUUCAUAAAGUAAAAGCUAGUACAGAGAAGCUAAUAACCGUGCUGGAUGUGAUUGAGAAGCGAUCCACGUACGAGCUAUGCAACGAGCUGAUUCAAGCAACUUCGGCGUGCAUUUCUAUCCUCAAAGAGCUGUGCUGGACACUGCGAACAAGGUUGUCGACGCUUGUUCAAGGCUUGGAUGCGAAAUUCUCGAGAAACCUGCUGAUGAAUCUGUACAGCGCAACUGUCGAUAUGAAGGACGCUUGGCAAGUGAUUAGCCCUUAUUUGUCUGUAGAACCUGCUCAGACACUGACAUCAUUUAUGCAGCACACCAAGAUGAACGCAGCGACCCCUACGACACCACUGAGGAAUAGAUCACAGAGCGAGUUGGCAGCAUCUGCUCACUCGCCCAUGACCUCGCCUUUAGCAUCGCCCAACGUCAAAGGCGACAAUACACAAUUAUACACACAUUUGCGCAAUGCGGUGACCAGUUCAUUGCACGUACUGAAUACACUCAAACAGUCCAUUGAAGAAACAGUGCAGGGCACCAAGAUUCCUGCUAGUUUGGAGAGGAAACUGAAUGAAUUACUGCGACAAACACAAUAUGCCACCGAAUUAUCACAUCGACUAGACAAAAAUGUGGAGGCCAACAUGGGAAGCAACAAGGAAGAUCUACUAUUACUACCAACAAGGAAAGAGUCAAGUAGGCGUAUAUGGGAGGACACAAGCAUCUAUCUAAAGGCCAUUGUCAGUGUCAUGUCGUUCAUUCGCUCUAUUUCCACCGAGGAGGAGUUUGUGUGGCCCAAAUCAAUCAAGCAAGGAUGUCUGUAUGUGACGAGAAUGACAGCAGAAGUAGCCAAGUUAUGGAACAGCAGCAGUACAUUUGCAGAGGAUGGUUUCUUUUUAGGCCGACAAGAAAGAAGCUCCAGCGUAUCUGAGCAGCCAUCAUCGCCUUACUGCACUUCACCAGCGAGCACCAUCGAUAUACCCAGAAAUACUCAAGUCACCCGUGCCCCUCUCGAUUAUUAA